AUGUGCGCGGACGAAGAACCCCUUGCUGUCGAUGAGCAUGCAGCUCAGGACGACACUGAUGCUGACUCCGCCAUUGGAGACGACAAUGCUAGCGAUACUACGUCAUUAAGAUCAAGUAUUUUGAGAUACCGUGAGGAGAAUGGCAGGACGUAUCAUGCUUAUAAGGACGGAGCCUAUGCACUUCCAAAUGACGAGAUUGAGAACGAACGACUAGAUCUUCAGCAUCAUCUCUUUCUGCUCACUUUCGACGAAAGACUGCACGCAGCUCCCCUGCCCAAGACGCUGAACCGCGUUUUCGAUGCGGGCUGUGGCACUGGAAUCUGGGCCAUCGAGUUUGCUGAUGAGCAUCCCGAGUGCGAGGUCAUUGGCGUCGACUUGAGUCCGAUUCAGCCUUCAGCCAUUCCACCCAACGCCUCCUUCUACGUAGAUGAUCUAGAAGAGUCAUGGGACUACUCCAACAAGUUUGACUUUGUCUUUGCUCGCUUUCUCACAGGCUCCAUCCUAGACUGGCCCAAGUUCUUCAGCGAAAGCUACAAGAAUCUCAAUCCUGGAGGCAGAAUAGAAAUGAUCGACAUCAUCUACCCUCUCCUCUCCGACGAUGAUACCCUCACAAAGGACUCGGCAUUAUCUAAGUGGUCAGAACUUCUACACGAUAUCUUUACUAAGAAUGGCCGUCCCAUGGAUAGUGCGCUGAAGUACAAAGAUCAACUUGAGGAAGCGGGCUUUGUAGAUGUAAACAUUGUGAAGCGCAAGUGGCCUUUGAAUCGAUGGCCCAAGGAUCCCAAACAUAAGCAGAUUGGUACCUGGGCCCAACAGAACACGUUGGAUGCUCUGGCAGCUUUGAGUCUAGCUGUAUUUACGCGUCCUGAUGGUCAAGGUGGACUUGGCUGGAGUAAAGAGGAAGUCGAGGUUUUCCUGACAGAUGUGCGAAAGGAUAUUAAGAAUGUCAACAUUCAUUCAUACUGGCCAAUUUGGUCGGUCUAUGCCACAAAGCCCAAUUAA